ACUAUUAACAAAUAUUUUUAUUUACCCUUUAUGACAAAAUUCCGGAAAUAUACGCCUUAAAAUUAAUACGGAACAACUACAACAGUUUUAUAUCCCAUAAUAUUCAGUCAGCAAUAUGUGUCAAAUUUAACCCGACCACAAGUUUUAUGCUACGGCCGUUUAUUUUGGUUUUUAUUGCACGCAAAAUGGCUGAUUUUAUUGCAGACGUCGGAGGAAAAGUUUACUUUGUUAUUGUCCAUGCUUCCCUUUUCUUUCUUGGUGCGUACAUCAUAAGGAAAAAAGUAAAGGAAAUCGAAGAGAAAAAGAAAGAUUCAGAAUUCAAAUACGAUACAAUAAAUUUUGAUGCCUUAGCUACUAAAGGCAUUAAAUACGAAAGAAACACGUGCGAUCAAAAAGUCAGCCAUCUAUACGAUAACUACAUAAAUACGGUUGUAGAAUGGUGUUAUCUUCAGCCAGAAAGUUCCGUAAAAUUACUAUUUGAAUGCUGGGUCAAUAACACUGAGAGAGAGUUAAAGAAGGAGUUUACAAAAAAUUGGUUAAGCCAUGAUGAAAGUGUGUCAGACGUUACCAUUUAUUUUGUGAAUACAGAAUUUCCAGUUAAUAUUAACAACAUAGAAUAUUGUUCGAAGAACGAACAUGAAUUAGUUUUAAAACUGCUAUUACAUGUAAAUGUGUUGAAUGUUAAAAUUUCAUCAAAUAACAAUGAAGCAUUUUAUGAAGUCCCCAAAAUUAUAUUGGAGGCAGACACAUUUUUUCGAACUGUUGGAAGUCAGAUGGCAAUAACGUUUAAAUUAAAUGGAAAAGAUCAUCUUGAUGCAUUGUUAGUUCAGUCAAAAAAAUCCGAAUUUGACAAGGCUAAAGUAGAAGUUUUGACUAGGUCCUUAAAAGCUGUUUUAUCCAAAACUACAACAUUAAAAAUUUCGGAGGAGAAAACAGAAAUAGAUCUCCCAAAGUCACCAAGAUCACCAACAGUUAAUAACUUUACAUUGGACAAGGUAAGAAAACCUAUCAGCCCCUGCAAAGAAACCAACCUUGAUGAAGCUGCAAAAUCAUUUGAGAAUCUGUUUAAUACUAUUUCACCCAUUAAAUCAGACAUUCAUGCAAAUUCUGAUGUAGACAAUCUAAAUGUUGGAGGAGAUGUACCUUUAAUAUAUGAAGAAAAGGAUGUAAAACGAUUGUCUCCAAAAGAUGGAUCUGGUAGUAAACCAAUGCAAUCAAAGAUUGAGAACGUUCCCAAUGAAGUUAACGAUUUUACGAAAAACACCAAAGAGGAUACGGAUUUAAAGGGAGCGAGUUUAAAAGAUAUAUCUAACAGUAAAAUAAUUCAGUCAAAGAUUAAUGAAAUUCCCCAAAAAGAUAAAAAUUUAAAGGUGAAAGAAAACGUAUCUGAGAGUACCCCAAUGCAACCAAAAAAUGACAAAGUUCUCAGAGAAAUUAAUGAUUUUACGGAAAUUAACAAAGAGGAUAAGGGUUUGAAGGGAGCAUUUCUAGAAGAUGUAUCCUUCAGUACACCAACUGAAAUAAAAAUUAGGGGAUUUAGGGAAGUAACAACUAAUUCGUUGUCUAAUAACAGUGCUGAUGAAGUACAGAAGCCUUCUGCAGAACCCACAGAUCCAACUGAAUGUGGUCUACCAUCCAUUAAUACGACACAACCUUUACCAAAUUCUCAAUCUCUGCGUUCUGAUAGCAUAGCCAGUGCUGGCGAUGACCAUGAAAGUCUUCCCUCUGAAGACGUUAGCCUGGAAUUGUUCAGUUUAAAGCCAAUAGGAGAUUACGAAGCAAUUCAAGGAAGUCUUGAAAAAACCUUCUGUGAAGAAAACAACAAUGUAGAGUCAGAUAUUGAAGUGUCUGUUAAACCUGUUAUCAUUGUGGAUAAUGUUGAUAAAGAUGGCACUACAGACUACUGUCUUAAUAAUGUUGAAAAUGCUGUGCAACAGGAUGAUAAAGAUACUGUUCAACUACGAAGCUUGAAGAAUAAAAGUGCAACAAAAAAUCCUGAAUCGAGACAUUCAUUUCAUCAUGGUCCACGGCCAAAAAUACUUGUCAACACUACAUCUGUAGGUAAUUUAACAACGGAAUCUGUACCUCCCCUUAGAGGCUCCAUUAGUCAGACGUCAUUGAAUUCUGGAGUUGGUUCUGUCCAGUAUAAAUAUUCUGCUUUAAUUAUUGAAAAUGAAGAAGAUGGUUUAAAAAAGUAUUAUCAUAUACCACCAUCGUUGGCAAAGAAGGGAACCUACACACAGAAAGGUCAAAAGUUACAUGUUUAUAACGAUCAUAUAUUUGCUGCUACUCAUUUCACUGGACAUCCCCCAAUAUGUUGCGUCUGUAAUCUACCUCUACGAAGACUGGGUAAACAAGGUUAUUCUUGCAGAGAUUGUAAAGCAGUCACUCACAAAAGAUGUCAUUUCCUGAUCCCAACAAAGUGCCCAUCAAGUACUCUUUCCACUUAUACCAUACAAUAUGUUGGAGGAACCGAAGUUUGACACGGAAACAUAUGUGUUAGUUUUUUAUAGUACGUGUUGGGUUUAUUAUAAAGCUGGCUUUACACUACAAGAAUUUUUGCAACUGAAAGGAUCUAAAGCGUUUUAAAAGGUCAGCGGAGAUUGUCUGUUGGCGUAACGCAGGAUAUUCUGCCAAUUAAUUAGAAUCUUUGAUUCUUCCCUCGCACGAAAUGUUUUGCUGAAGCAAAUAGAGUGUUUGUAGAUUAUAUUGUAAUAUAGUAAAUGUAUUUAUUAACAGUAUUUUUAUAUCACACGAUAUUUUUGUAUCUUAUUUUUUUUGGAAUUGCGUUUACACAGUUAUUUUUGGGUUAUUUUAUGGAGUGAAAACGUUGAUCGAAAGUCCAAUUAUGUAUGUGGACUUUCACAAGUAUUUGAUUUUUUUGUUACAGAAAGAAUUUCUUAUCUUAAGGAGGAGGAUAGGAAAGGGAUUGUUCAGUGAUAAAUAGGAAGAAGUCGCAAGCAAUUGCCUGUUAUGCUUGAAAAAUAAAUGUUUAUUUGUUUCUCAAAAAUCAUAAAAAUUGUGCCAACUAUUUUUAGUUUUUAUUUUGCUUUAUUAAAAUUUCCACUCGAAUUUCUUCAUUGUGUUUUAAUGUUCAUAGGGUAUUAAUAUAUAUAUAUUGUAUUAUAUUGAAGUGUAUAUUAUUGAAGGGUAUAUUUUUACACCUCUUGCCUUGAAACAACGCUCAAUUCGAAGGCUGUGUGUUUGAACUUAAAAAUGUAAUUUGUUUUUUCUCACGGGCAGUAUCAAUCAAAAGUUUUUGUCAUAUUAAUAGUUUGACAUUAAUUCAAAAGUAGAAAACGCUUAAUUAAAUUAUUAUUUUACUUAUCAAUAUCAAAAAGAAAUUCCUAUUUUCUUAGAUAAUACAUUAAUGAAUGCGAGGUUAAAUAUAUUUUGUCUAUGUUUUUGAUCUACAUUGCCAUGAGGUUUGGUCACAACUUGCUACAGAAAUUAGUAUGGCUUUUGUUUUUUUAGGAGUGGUAGUGCAUUUAUUAAGUUUGAAGUGCGUGAGAUGAAGUAUUUUUAAAAUAUGUUUUUUUUUGUGCAUGUAAUCAAAGCUGCUUUUGCUGUUUUUGGUAAUUUGUUGUUGUUGUUAUUGUUGUUGUUGUUGUUGUUAUUGUUUUUGUUGUUAUUGUUGUUGUUGUUGUUAUUGUUUUUUUUUUCGCGUAGCUUUUACAAACUCUUGCUGUUUCUGUGUUGUAUUCGCAAGGCUAACAAUGGUUCAUAAUAUAGGUACCUUAAUGGAAGGUUUAAUGCUAUAUUUACACUAAAAGCACAAUCUUUCUCCUCUUUCUUUUAUUUUGAGAACGCUUAAAACACGAACAUCGUCCAAUACAUAAUGUAUGACGUAAAAACUGAUGGGUUUUUUUCUUUUCUUUGACGUCUUGUAUUUUUUGGAUUUAUGUGGUGUUUUUUAGUUUAUAUUAUGUCUGUAUCUUAAAUGUUUUCGCUCGCCGGAACGAUCUGUAAGUUAGUUACCUAAAUAAUUGUUUAAAUAAAGUUGAAGAAUGGUUGUGUAAAGAAUUUUUAUUUUUCUAUUUUCUCUCCUCUUUUUAAAAUUUGCAACUCAAUCCACUUUUUUUUCAACACAAUGUGUACUCACUCUUAAUCUUUUUUAUUGAGAUUUCUAAAUGGCUAUUUACACUUUCAUUCAGAGAAAGUAUGUUAAGGUAUUAAAUCUAACACGUGAAAGUCUCAUAAUAUGUUUUACAUAAACAAGACAAAUGAGUCUAUUG